AAAUUUAAAUUGGUUUUCUGAAUAAGACAUAAAAUCAAUGUCGCGAAAAGAAUAGGAAGAGAGAGAAUUUGAUAGCGGGCACUUGGGCAGUGGUUAGUAUGCGAAGCUUUGUCAGAGAAGACGACAAUGGCGAACCCUAGGAGGAACUCCAUUUCAUUCUCAUCUUCCACCAAUCCUCAAAGUUUAGAGAGUCCAUUUCACAGCCAAUCCCAAGCCCGAAGCCUUUCGCUCUCGUUAGCCUUAUCAUUCUCGCAUCUGAAGAACUUUCUGAAGAAGCCUCACGCCUUCCCUUUCCUUCUCUCUAUUUUCCUCUUACUCACUUGGGUUUCUCUUAGAAUUCAGCACUCUUCUUCUCAAUUCUCCUCUCGGUAUCACCAGGCUCCUGAUUCCUGGAGCAGGGACGAUGAUCUCAAGGCCAACCUCGUUCGUUUCAAGUCUGGAUUUCCUUCCCCGAUUGCCAAGGACAACAGGGGCUGGCUACUCGACCCUAUUUCUCUCGCUCUUGGUUCUGGCAUUACUGGUGGAGCAGUGACCUGUGCUUCUGUUCAUAUUGGAGAAAUUCAACCUGGUGCUAUGAGGGGAAACCACAGGCAUCAUACAUGUAACGAGACAUUUGUCCUUUGGGGGGCUAGAACAAAAUUCAGGUUGGAGAAUAACAACGUAGGUGAUAAAGGAUAUGCUGAAGUGAUAAUUGGUGCGGAUGAGGUUGCUAUUGCAGCGAGUCCAAGAGGAACAGCCCAUGCAUUGAUAAACAUAGAUCCCGUACGGACUACAUUGUUUCUGGGGUGUCAAGAUGGUAGUAUAAACUAUAACAGUUCAACUUCAGAUUUUAAAGUUUGGAAAGAUCUUUAGUUGCAAUACAAUAACCUCUCUUAACUCAGCAACUAAAGGUCUUGACAAGAAUGAUCUUUGGCUUUUCUUCUUCCCUUCUAUUUCCCUUUUCCUAACAUGUGGGGAUUUUUGCUAGGUUGAGGGGAUAUCAUUGUACUUCCAAAUCUAGGGAAUUUGUGAGCCAAGUGGUGAUGAGAUGAGAUAAACUAUUACAUCUUUGUAUACAGUAUUCUUUUUAUACAGUGUGAAAUUCACUAAAGUCUAAAGCA